CUUUGAUCAAAUUUUGUUUCAUCCAGAUAUAGUACUCUAAAAACCCCCUUCUAGUAGGCUGUUAGUUGGCUAGCCUGUAUAUCGGCCAUUAUCAAGAUCAUGAUCAUGUUCAAAAUCCAAAGAUUGUCGACUUCUCUCUCUAGGUUAACCUCUGUAGAAUUUUCAACUUAUUUUAACAAUAUGGCAAAGAAAUCUGCUGCAGUUAUUAUUGCUGAAGGUACAGAAGAUAUGGAAUUUGCAGUCUCAGUUGAUGUUUUGAGGCGAGCAGAAAUUGAUGUAUCAAUUGUCAGCUUGGAAAAUGCAGACUCUGUAAAAUUGAAGACAGGCACAAAGGUUGUUCCAGACACAGUACUGAAAAGCAUUGCUGGUAAAUGUUUCGAUGCUGUGGUCCUGCCUGGAGGUCCUGCUUAUAAGGCAUUGAGCAAGGCCCCAGCUGUAGGAGAUAUUCUAAAGGAACAAGAGAAAUCUGGCCGUUUGAUUGCUGCCAUAUGUGCUGCUCCCAUAGUGCUUUCAACCUUUGAUGUUGGCUCAGGAAAGAAGAUCACGUGCUAUCCGACCUGUAAAGAUGAACUCAAUAAGGAUAAAUAUUCUUUUGUGAAUGAAAUAGUUGCUGAAGACGGAAAUAUCAUCACUAGUCAAGGACCUGGAACAGCUUAUGACUUUGCUCUGGCAGUUGUUGCCAAAUUGCUGGGAAAGCCUACUGCAAAGAAAGUUGCUGAAGAAAUGCUUUACAAAUAUGUCUGAUGAAAAAAUAAUAAAUGAACGUUCAUUUUAAGAUUUCUGGAAUAGAUGUACGUGAACUAAAUAUUUAAUUUUUGAAAGUAAUUUUAAUAAAACCAAUAUAUUCUAAUAUUUUA